UGCACGGCUCGCCGCCGGCCUGCUGCUGCCCCGAGCGGUCGCUCUGUGGCUGGGAACGCUGUUAACAGCGGCCGGCCGUAGCAGCCUGCUUUUUUUUUUUUUUUUUUUUCUUUUUUUCUUUUUCUUUUUUUCUUUUUUACCGUUCUUAUUUUUUUCCUUGCCCCCUGCAGCAGGCUGGUUGCACACACGGGAGCUGCGGUCGGUCGAUUGAUCCUGGUGAGGCUCUGGGACAUUUGAAAGUGAUUUGGAGAGCAGAGUCUGUGAUGGACACCGAAGCAAAGCCGGCGUGUAUUGCGCCGCAGACUCACUGCCCAGGAAUGAAGCGCCCUCCUUCAGAGGACUUUCCUCCUCAGAUAAGACUGUCUGAAAAGAUUCCACCGGUGAAGCCUUGCUUCAAGAAGAAACAGCAAGUGCAGAAGAGACUGGACACACAAACUCUCCGGGCUUUGCGGCCAAUCUUUACCAGUUUGCUGGGAUCUGGGACCUUGGAUAGAGUUUUUGUGCCUCGAGGACAAGGAGGGGAUCAUAGUGAUUUGUGUGAACCUGCUGUGAAAAAGGCUCUGGAACUCGGUACUACUUGUCCCCAGCCAGAAAGUAAUGUGACUGUGCUGGUUCCAACAGCUCCAGACAUGCAGAGUCAAUUGCUGGGAGCUCAUCCUGUACCUGGGCAUCCUGAGCAGGAGGUGCAGUCAGGAGAGCAAAGCUUCUCAUCAGAAACUGCUCCUGGGACUGCUGCUGACACUAGUAAUGAAUCGUUCCAGGAUCGCCCUUUGCACCCAUCUUCUAGCGAUGGUGCUGCAUGUCCUUUGUUCCCAAGCAAGCUUCUGGAAAGCUACACAGCUGGCCUAUUCCAAGAGAAUAGCUGUCCCAUGCAAUACACUCUAAACUCAAGCAAUAAAUUCAGUGCUGGAAUAUUCCAGGAUAAAAGUGAGGAAGCUUCACUUGAUCUGGUAUUUGAGCUCUUGAACCAGCUGCAAUAUCACACCCAUCAGGAAGAUGGAAUAGAAAUCUGUGUUGAUUUUCUCCAGGGCGCUUGUGUUUAUGGCAAUGAUUGUCCAAAACAUCACACAGUGUUGCCCUAUCAUUGGCAGGUGAGAAGGACAGCAACCCAGAGUUGGCAGAGCGUGAGCAAUGAUUCCCAGGAGCAUCUGGAAAGACUCUACUGCAACCCUGACAAUGAUAGGAUCAAAGUGAAGUAUCGAGGACACGAAUUUUGGGUGGAUUUAAAUGUUAUGAAACUAUACGAAACUGUGGAGUUUGACCAAAUGCGGAGGCUGUCCACACCAUCCUGUCCCAACUCCAGCUCCAACUACUACACGGUCUGGAAGUACUUCUGCAGGGAUCAUUUCGUCUGGAGGGAAUACUCUGAGCCCGUUGUACGGCUGAUAGAAGAAGCCAGCUGCCGAGGUCUGAAGGAGGUCCGCUUUGUCACCUGGCAUAACCAGUAUAUCUUAAACAUCAAAGAUGGCUUCCAGCAGAACGCGUGUUUCAGAAGAGAAAUCAAGAGAAGACCUCUUCUUCGCUCCUGCGUUGUGCUGAUGCCGUUCUUGCAGACUCUAGGUGGCAGUUCUCCAGUGCCCUCUCCGUCAGCCGAACCGCUUUCCUCACAUGUCUUAUCUCCAACUGCUGUUACCUCUCCAAACUUCUAUCCUGAAACCUGGAUUAGUAUGGAUCCGUCUCAGGACUUCAUCCAAGUGCCUGUUUUGAAAGAAGAUAAAAGCUACAGAACCAUUUAUAACCUGUUUCACAAGACUGUGCCAGAGACCAAAUAUAAAAUCUUGAAAAUUCUCCGAGUGCAAAAUCAGUUUCUUUGGGAGAAAUAUAAAAGGAAAAAGGAAUAUAUGUCCAAGAAAAUGACUGGGCUUGACAGGAUAAUGAACGAAAGGCAUUUGUUCCACGGCACCUCCCAGGAUGUGGUGGAUGGUAUCUGCAAGCACAACUUCGACCCGCGCGUCUGCGGGAAGCAUGCCACCAUGUUUGGACAGGGCAGUUACUUUGCCAGAAAGGCAAGCUACUCUCACAAUUUUUCCAAAAGGUCACCCAAAGGAGUUCAUUACAUGUUCCUGGCUAAAGUACUGACGGGGAGAUACACUGUGGGCAAUCACACCAUGAGGAGACCUCCGCCUGUCAACCCGGGCAGCAUCACCAGUGACCUCUAUGACUCUUGUGUGGACAAUUACUUUGAGCCUCAGAUUUUUGUCAUUUUUAAUGAUGAUCAGAGCUACCCUUAUUUUAUUAUCCAGUAUGAAGAAGUUAGCAACACUGUCUCCAUUUGAAAACUUGUGCUGCUAAAUUACUCUUAUUGACAUUUGUAGCAGUUUUUGUGAGGGGAAAAAAACCCAACAUUACAGAACUGAAUGAAAUUACUUGUUUGCAAGGAGGUGACUCUAAAAAUGUAGAAGGAAGAUCUGAAGUGACCAACUGUGCAUUUGCUGUUUGAUUAUGUAUGUGCAAACUGUAAAUAUUUUUCCAUUGUUUAUAGUUGAAAAUCUGUGCCUUUUGUUAUAAAACACUGUUUAUUUAUGUUAGUAAACAUUCAUGUUUAAAA